AUGACUACCUUGACGAACAUUGACAAUGAACACCUUAUCAACCAUGAGUUUCCUAAGAGUUCCAUGGAUAUGCAAUUCGCAAACUCUUGGAAUUACACAGAAGUCUUCCUCAACGAAAUUGUUUCUAGCGUCAUCGAAAACUUGGAUGAUGUUCGCUGCGACAGUGAUGUCUUUUGCCCAUCUAGGCAUAGCUUUCGGCGCCAAGACAAUCAAGACACUUUUGAAAUACUGGAUGAUCUCAAGAAAAGCGAAAGCCGCCAAGAAUCUCCUGCGUCUCCUGAGUCCGAGAAGAACAAGAUCAGUGAAUUGUACUCUUUGGGUUCCAUCAAUUCCAUUUUGGACGACUCCUGCGACGAGCUUGAUGAAGUGAAGCUAUCUCUCAGUGAGUUUGAGGACUUCGAGGAAGAGACAGCACAGUCUCAUGAAAGUUCCAAAAUUGAAGCUGUAGAAGGUUCUGACGUGUAUCAGGAAGAGAAAGUUCUUUCCGAUGACGAAGAAUCUGAUGACGGCAUAUCCCCGUUUGUUCAAAGUCUUACUGCUAUAUCUGAAGAAGCAACCGCGGAUUUUUCUGAGUCUAGUGUAGUAGAAUUAUCAACGGCAACGAAAGCACAGCAAGACCAGCUAGAAGACACAUUGGAAGAUAUUCUAAGGGUAAAUGCGGAAAUAAGAUAUUCAGACGUUGUGUCGUUGAUCGAUGACUCAUUCCUGCCAAGGAAAUCUGUAGCCAAAGCUGCUCAUGGCGUAAACAGUGCAUACUUUGACGAAAACAUAUUUGAGCAACAAAUAGGAAAAGAAAACAACCGAUGUGCAUUCCUUUCCCCAUUCCUAUGCUAG